CUGUCAAAUCGCUAAAACUCACACUUCACAACGAACAUGUGGAUAUUACCAGCACUCGGGUAUAUUGGUGUCAUUCUAGGCUUUGCCUUCUUGACAUUAGCAAUAGCAUCCGGAUUAUAUUACCUCUCCGAACUGGUCGAAGAGCAUACUGUCUUUGCAAAGAAGCUGCUUACCCGCCUCAUAUACGGCGUUAUCGGUGUUCAAGCCCUCCUUCUCCUCGUCGAUGGCUUUCCAAUCGGUCUCAGCGCACUCAGCAUAGUUAGCCAUGGCGUUUACGCGCAGAACCUGCGACGUUUCCCAAUCGUCAAGCUCACAGAUCCGCUCUUCUUGCUUUCUUGUGUUCUGGUACUAGCGAACCAUUAUUUCUGGUUCCGUCACUUUAGUGCGCCCUCGCCCUCUGCGAACACAUAUUCCAACUAUCCCUACGACCGUCCCGAUAUUCCUACCUUUACUGAGAUCGCUUCCUACUUUGGCCUGUGCGUGUGGCUCGUGCCUUUCGCGCUCUUCGUGUCGCUCUCCGCAGGCGAGAACGUACUUCCAUCAAUGGGCUCUGAGUAUGCCACGGGCGAUGGAAGCAGUUACAUAACUCCUGGUGCGACACCAGGAGGAUUUGGUAAUGGGUCCGCGGCUGCGGCCGGCAGUGCUAGCAGGAGAAGGGCGAGGAGUGGAACAAACCAGGGUAUGGCGAAGCAGGUGUUUGGCGGCGUCAAGGACUGGGUGGGUGAGACUGGAGAGGUGAUGGGGUUGUGGAAAGGGGAGAGGACUCGGCCUACAUUCUAGGCUAGAAAGGAGUGUUUGAUCAAUCAAGACAGAUACUUUCAGGCACAUGCUGGUGAAGCGGCAUGCAUAACGCGAAACCCGUUCGAGAGUGAAGGAGAGUUACGACGCCACGACGCCACACUGAGUGCUGCCUGACCGAUCGCCCCAGUAUUUUUCUUUCUCACCUCGACCUGUCCCUUGCCCGACUAGUUUCCACGAAUCGAUAAACGCGUCUCAAGCUUGCAUCAGACA